UAGUCUUUAAACAUGGCGGUUGUGUUUCCACUUUGUCUAAAAAUCCGACUGAAGCUUUUAUUUCUGAUAUAAUUAUUUCUUUUUACCAAGCAAUACAUUAUAUAACUCAUAUUCGCAACGGGGCAUUUGUAUAUUUUAUAUUUAAAUGUGUCUUUUAGCCAUAAGUCGACAUUCUCUGUGGAAAAAUUUGUCAAUUUCACACGUGGUCCACGUGUCUACGACCUUUAAAUAAUUAUGGAAAGUCAAUGCCACAAAAUAACACAGAGUUCCAAUAUUUGUAAUAAUUUUGGUGGUAAUAAUGAAAUAGAUUGUAUGAAAGACGAAAUAAACAAGACUCGUGAUGUUAAACAUGUUAUUAAAUCAGAAUGUCGAGUUGUUUUGAGAAGAUUGAAUAUUAAAGUAAAGACUGAAGGUUGUGACGAGGUUAUUCAUCUCCCAAAUGAAUAUGAAUAUUUAAAGCUUAUCAAGAAGAAUAAAUUCUUCACUCCUGAGAAAAGAUUUAAGAGAAAUGAAAUGAACAUCCAAAGUAAGCAAGGUGUUACAUUUUUAUUUGUUAAAUGCUUUUUUGGAGGCUUGUUAGAUCACAUUUACAUAAUGCAUUUUGUAAUAAAUUGCAGAACUGUUAUAAAAUGCAUCAUAGAAAAGCAAAAUAAGCUGCUUAGCUCCUAGUUAUGAUGAUUUAACUGUUCAAUUGAGGCAUGCUUUUGGCCACUUGGAUCAGAAUUUUCCAUGCUUUCGUAUCUUUGGCCAUUUCUAUCAGUUCUUCCAUCUGCAUGUUUGUGUCAGUUAUGACUGUGUCCAGCCAGCGUGUUAUUGGGCAUUUUCUUCUUGUCCCACUGACCAUGCCAAGCAUUAAGAGUCCCUAGUAAAAUAUACCUAUUGCCAUAUUUAAAUUUAAAACCUUUACAAGUUUUAAAAACUAUUUGUUAUUCUCUCAGAUUCAUAUUAGGUAAUCAAUCUGUGAUAUAUUUAAUAAUCUAGCGUCAAUAAUAUUACCCCAUUUCAUUUGAAAGGAGCCUAUGUCAUGGCUUGCUUAUCCAGCUGCAUUAAAGCCAAUUUAACAGACAAUGUGAUCAUUUUUUUCAAAAUAUCAUUCCGAACACUUCACUAUUACCAUUCAUUCUCUCAGUUUGAAAACAGGUGUUAAUGAACGAGUUUAAAAAUUAAAGCAAAUUGCAAAAAAAUUCUAAACAAAAGGUGAUUUAAAUAAAUAUGAAGGUAAAAAAAAUGGUAAUUCGUUGAUUGUGUAAUAAAAAAAGUAAACAUAAAGAGAACUUAAUUGGAAAUUAAUAUGUUAAUAAAUUCAGAACACAAAAAAGUAUAAAUUGAUUAAAUUUCUUAAUAAAUUACAGGAUUUAUUAAUGAAUAAUUAAUAAAUAGGAAUCAUUUUUCCCCAUUUGGAAGCCACGUCAUUUUACAAUUGUGGAUUAGUAACAGGAUAAAUUACUUUUAUAUAAUAAAAAAAUCUUAUUUUAAAAGCUAUUGUUUAGUGUAUCUAAAAAGACAUCUUUCUCAAAUUAAAACUUCUAAGUAAGGUACUGUACAUGGCCUUAUUUUCUAAGCAACUGGACUUAGGAAAAUGAAAUUCUGUGCACCAUUCAUUAGGACAACUAUGAAUGUGUGACCAAAAAGUCAAUAACUGACUACUGUAUUAGAAUUGUUGAAAAUAAAAUGUUUUUGAAAAAGUUCACAUUAGACCAUAUUUGUGACUUAUGUCUAUUUUAUGAAUUACACAUAAAAUAUUGUAACUAACAAAUUAUGAUUAAAAUAAACAAGAACCAACUCUGUUUUUUUUAUUACCCUUUCUACACUGUAGAUAUUAAGAUAACUCUUCUGGCUAGUCAAUUCUGGAUUCGACCAGGCCCACAAUGGGGCAUCGGUGUGGUGUAGGACUGGGCCUGACAUAUCUGGACAGACCAUACAUAUACCAGGAUCAAAUCAUAUUUGAUCCUGGAUCUCUCCAGAGCAGUAGGCUGUCGCCAUAAUUGCUUGGACAUCCAGCCAUUAAAAUUUACAUUAUAUCUGCCAGGGAACCAACUCUGGUUAGAAAACAAUAGAAAAUUAAAAUUUCGUCCAUUUGCUCCAUUAUUUUGUGAAUUUCUCCUUCAUUAAUUAUCAAAAUUAACUUGAUUGUAUUUUAUUUAAUGCAUAAAAACACAAUCUGAUAAAUGAGGUUUCUGUUACAGGCUUCUCGGUCCCUAAUAUAGACUUUCAAGGCUGUGAACUUGAAAGGCUUAAUUAACUGUGUAUCAAAUAUGAAAAUUAAUAUAAAUUGCAGUAGUUACUCUA